CAUGGUGAUCCUUUUAUAAAUCCCCAUAACCAAUCACCUGUAGUUCACUCCUCACUCGCUCACUUGUUUGACUUUGUAGCAAAGAGCAAAUAAGUAGCCAUGGAAGCAAUCUUAUCCUCUUUUUCUUCACCCAAUUUUCGAGACAAUCCAUCAUCUUCCACAUUCAAACAGCGCCUACAGUUCAUAGUUGAGAACAAUGCUGCUGAAUGUUGGGUGUAUGCUAUUUUCUGGGAAGCCACCGGAGACAACAAUUUGUCAUGGGGCGGCGGCCAUUACAAAAGCAGUGACAUUAAUAGUUACCAACCCAAAUUAGGGUUCAGCGAUGUGGAUUUUGUGGGGAAUAAUGAUGAUGGAGAUGUUACUGACUCUGAGUGGUUUUACUUUUACAGCGUUUCUUUAACCCAAUCAUUUACUGCAGAUAAUAACAUUCUGGGACAAGCAUUUUGUUCCGGAGGAUUUGUUUGGCUUGCAGGGGAUCAUGAGUUUCAAUUGUACGAGUGUGAGAGAGUGAAAGAAGCAAGAAUGCAUGGAAUCCAAACUUUGGUUUGUAUUGCAACUUUGAGUGGGGUGGUUGAACUGGCUUCUUUGGAUGUGAUCAAGCAAGAUUGGGGUCUUGUGCACCUAACAAAGUCACUAUUCCGAUCUAACGACGACGACGAUGGCCACAACAGGCUCUCAAACCAGCAGGCCAGCCGUGAGGCCAGUGGACUGGUUCCUACCUUGAAAAAUGGACGGUGUUUAGGAGCUCAAGAGGAGUUGACCACACAAGAAAGUGGUGGAAACGAAGCUAAACCUAUAAAUAUAGGUGGAUCAUCAAUAUCACCACCAGACUCACGUUCUAACUCUGUUGGAAAAUUCACCUCUAAAAACAUAGAGAACACUCAAUCGAAAAAAAGAGGAAGACCAUCAUCAAACCAUGGAGCUGCAACCAGAGCAUCACAAUUGCUUAGUCACGUCGAGGCAGAGAGAUUGAGAAGGGUUAAGUUCAACCACCUAUUCUGUGUCCUCCGUUCAGUUGUCCCCAACGUGUCUAAAAUGGAUAGAUCCUCAUUGCUUGCCGAUGCAGUGGCAUACAUCAACCAGCUCAAAGCAAAAGUUGAGGCGUUGGAGGCCAAAAUCCAAGCACAAUUACCACCACCCCAGAAAUCCAAAGUGGAUCAUAAUAAUAACGUAAUUAACAUUAUUAAUCUUGGAAAAAAUUCAAGUUAUGAUAGUAAUAGAGUAGGUGGUUGUGGUGUGGAAGUGGAUGUUAAGAUUAUAGGUUCAUCGGAAGCCAUAAUUCGAGUUCUGUGUCCCAAUCAAGACUACCCGUAUGCUAGACUGAUGAAUGUACUCAAGGGGCUAGGGUUACAAGUUUCCCAUGGAAGCAUAUCAAGUGUCAACGAGUUGAUGAUUCAAAAUGUUGUGACAAGACUGCCCUACGGGUUCACAAGUGGUAAAGCCUUAAGGCUAGGUAUUAUAAAAGGAUGGUACAUCUAAAAAUUAUUAAAAUUCAAAACCUUGUCGGAAAAGUUCUUUAUAAAUAUAGGUUGUAGUUUAGUAUGAGAAUUAAGUUAGUCAAGAUGUAAUCCUCAGUUUGUAGCCAUUUCGGAAAUCUUGUUUAUAUGUUUUCCGUUUAAUAAAAUAAUGUUCAUAGUUCAUCUUUA